UCAACGGAUAAAUACACCGUUUCGUUAAAAUCUGAGCGCAGUCCAGUCCUAUCAAUUUCGAGCCUGGAAGAACAGUAACAGAAGAAGAUAGCUUUACACACAGACGGUAAGGUAUGAAGCCACUGGCUCUUCUUCGUCCCCUUACCAUUUCUUCUGCCCCCUCGAAGCCUCUUUCCCAACCACUAUCUCUUCCCCAAAAACAAGCCUUUCGAGUUCUAUGCUCUUCUCUCGAUUCUAAACCGAUACAAGAUGGAUAUACUGCAGCAAAGCCCGAUAACAACAAGCCUGGAGUCUUGGAUGAUUUGUUCCUCAAUUUGUUCCGUAACAAGAUGGUGCAGGAGGUCGGAUGGGAUUCGGAGAAGCCGGGCUAUGAGGGACUAAUUGAAGUUGCGAAUCGACUCAUGAUGAAUGGCAGGACCAAUUCUGAUACUAAAGAAGCAGCGGUAAGAAUACUGAUAUCACUAUUUCCUCCAUUUCUGCUGGAGCUUUAUCGAAUCCUCAUAGCCCCUAUUGGAGGAGGAAAAAUAGCAGCAACUAUGGUAGCAAGGGUGACUGCACUCACUUGUCAAUGGCUCAUGGGCACAUGCACUAUUAAUUCUGUCGAUCUACCCGAUGGAACCUCGUGCAGAAGUGGGGUGUUUGUAGAAAGAUGCAAAUAUUUAGAGGAAAGCAAAUGCGUAGGGAUUUGUAUCAAUACUUGUAAGCUUCCAACACAAGCUUUCUUCAAGGAUUACAUGGGGGUUCCCUUAGUAAUGGAACCAAACUUUACUGAUUACAGUUGUCAGCAGAACCUAGGGGAAGUUCACUAAGUUUCCAGGAUAUCGAGCAAUUUGAUUGUCGACUCAACUGAUAUCUUUCCACAAGGUGCAACAUCUCCAGUCUUACUGAUUCUUUUGUGGCUCUAACAUGGCAGUUUAGAUUUGGGGUUCUUCCUCCACUGCCUGAAGAUGAUAUCUCCCUUAAGGAGCCGUGCUUGGAGAUAUGCCCAAAUGCCACAAGACGAAGAAAAGUUGCUGCUGACAUGGAUGUCCCACAAUGCCCCAAGGCCUAAACAUCCAUUUAAAUUUGGAGGUGGUUUACAACAAGAGAACUGUUACAUAUAUAAAAAGAUUAUACAAAAAUAAACCUACGAAUUAACGUAAUUUUACGUGAUGCGUUAGAUCUACUUUAUAUUAAAAGUAAUUUUAUAAUCUAAUGUACUGCAUCAAAUCAUAUCAAUUUGUAGAUUUACUUUUGUGUAA